AAAACACAUCGGGUAGGGCAGAUCGCGCGGUCACGUGUUGCCGCUGUGUGAGAAGACACGUUAUCUCUUCGUGCAUUUUCUGUUUAGAUUUCUUCUCUAAUAUGAGUCUCAUAUGAUCCUAUUAACUAUUGCACGUUUCAUAGGCAGCUUAUUUUUAGACACUGCGUGACUCACCAUGCCUUGCCAUAAUCAAGAAGGCGCACGUGGUAGUAACUGUGAACAGAACACAAUGAAGCAGGUGCGUUUUGCCAACGGCGAGAGUUCUGACAGCGAGGCGUUGGAGAAAAAUGGUGAAGCUGCAGUAAACAGCGACCCCCUGAUCCAGCUGAAGCUUCUACCCCUCACUGACCAAAUCCGUGAACUACAGACCAUAAUCAGGGACAAAACCACAAGCAGAGGAGACUUUGUGUUCUGUGCUGACAGACUGAUUAGGCUUGUAGUAGAAGAGGGACUAAAUCAAUUGCCUUAUACUGAGUGCACAGUGACAACACCCACAGGACAGAAGUAUGAAGGUGUCAGAUUUAAAAGAGGCAAUUGUGGCGUCAGUAUAAUGAGAAGUGGUGAAGCAAUGGAGCAAGGACUAAGAGACUGCUGCCGAUCGAUCCGCAUCGGCAAGAUUCUUAUACAGAGUGAUGAGGAGACGCUGAAGGCUAAAGUAUACUAUGCAAAAUUCCCACCAGAUAUUUACAGACGCAGAAUCCUGCUUAUGUAUCCUAUCCUGAGUAGUGGAAAUGCUGUCAUAGAAGCAGUCCGAGUGCUGAUGGAUCACGGUGUCCAGACUUCACAUAUCAUUCUCCUGAGCCUUUUCUCCACCCCUCAUGGGGUUAAGUCCAUAGUUCAAGAGUUUCCAGAAAUUACCAUCCUGACCACUGAGUUUCAUACUGUAGCUCCAACUCACUUUGGACAGAAAUACUUUGGGACCGAUUGAAUUAUUAUUAUUUUUUUCCCCCCAAAACCUAUAAAUCGUUUUUUUCUGUUUAAAGAUGGUUUGGGUUAUAAUUGUUUGAAGUGCCUUUGUAUAGUAUAUUAGAAAUGCAGUGCAGGAUUAAUGAAUGCAGGGUUCCUCAAAGUGGGGUUUGUGAAGUGUGACAGGGGGCCUGUGAUUUUUAUUUAUGUAGUUGAAGCAGUGGAAAGCACAGUCCACCAAAGCUAUUAAAGUUUGACUGUUCACUUUUACUGAAUGGGUUUGAGCUUUAAUAGCUUUUAUUCACUGUAUUAAAAAACGUAAUGAAGUGCCAGUGAUUGCAAGCAAACCUUUAAUUUUUUUAAAUAUUUUUCCCUUGUUUAUACAGUAGGAUACCUAUAAUUGUCACAAAUAUGUGAAAAUACCUUUUUUGAAUUUAUUCUCUAGUAGCUAGCCUCUGGCCUAAUGAACUGCUAUUAAAUAAAUAAUUUACAUAAGUGCAUGUGAUUGAAUACGUAGCAGAGGAUCUGUAACAGAAGCUGAGCUGAUUUACAUUUAACUGUAGCCAGCUAAUUGCACAACUCAGUACUGUAUUAUAUACAGCAUUUUAUACAAUAUUACUAGGUAUAGUCAGUUGACAUACUUUACUGCUCUCAGGUAUUUGGCGAUUCCUGCCAUUGCAUUCAAUUUAAAUAUUUUUGUUUUUGAAUCAAACUGCAAGUUGUCAAAAGAUCUCCUUACAUAAGGAAUUAUGUAUGCAAUACCAAAAGGCGUGUCUUCAUCAGUGGACGUUUAUGGACGUCUACGUUUCAGUUGGUCUGCAACAUUUUCCAGUCUUUUUAAAUUUGUUAAUAAAUUUGGCAAGCAUGA